AUGGGAAAAGAACUUCCAGCGACAACGACUGCGGUUGAGGACAAGACAGGGAACGAAGACCCUGCUCUCCGCAUCCAGGAGGCCGCAGAAGAGUUAGGCCUCGACGUUGGCCAUGUCAAAGAGAUCAAGGGCGCGGAUGGUGCCUACACCUACGCCAGCGCCGUGGCCCUGGAGAUCGACGAGAAGACCAACAAGCGACUGCUCCGGAAAAUUGACUGGCACGUCCUGCCGUGGCUGUGCGGUCUUUACGUGUUGCAGUAUCUAGACAAAGGAGUGCUAUCCUAUGCUGGUGUCAUGGGUCUCCAAAAGGAAACAAACCUGACCUCCAAUCAGUACACCUGGCUCGGCUCCAUCUACUAUGCUGGGUACAUCGUCUUCGCUCCUGUCCACAACCGCAUGUUCCAGGUCUUCCCGCCUUCAAAGUAUAUCGCGUGCUGUGUCAUGGCAUGGGGUGUUGUCCUCACAUGCAUGGCCGCGUGCCAUAACUUCACUGGCCUCAUGAUUCAACGAACGUUCCUUGGUGCCCUCGAAGCCUCGAUCAACUGCGGUUUCUCCCUAAUCACGGCCGCGUGGUAUCGAAAAUACGAGCAUGGCAGCAGGACAGGGAUCUGGUCUGGCUGUACCGGUAUUGCGACCAUGAUUGGCGGAUUGAUUGCCUUUGGAUGCGUGGAAGGAGAAACAAAGAAUCCCGACGCCAACUUUUCCAGCUGGAAGAUCCUGGCCGUCGUCACUGGCGUUGUUUCUGUCAUCUAUGGUGUCUGCAUGUUCUGGUUCAUGGCUACCAGCGUGGUAACAGCCAAGUUCUUCUCUGAGGAGGAGCGAGUUCUGGCCGUGGAGCGGCUGCGAGAGAACCAUCAGGGUGUUGGCUCGACCAAGUACAAGCGCUACCAAGCUAUCGAGGCAUUCACUGACUACCGGACUUGGAUGUACGUCGUCUUUGUUCUCUCGUCCCAGAUCCCCGCCGCCGGACUUGUGCUCCUCCAGUCUAUCAUCAUCAAGUCCCUCGGCUUCACAGUCAAGGAGACGCUCCUCCUCAACAUUCCGCAGGGUGCCAUCAAUGUCAUCUGCAAUAUCGGAUUCGGCCUUCUUGCCGACGUGACGCACCAGCGUAGUGGUGCCGCAAUCCUGGCCGGCCUGUUCUCUCUCUUCGGCGCCAGCCUAUUCAUCGGCCUUGGCGACCAUGGCCACUUUUACCGCAAAAAUGGCCAGUUGGUUGCCUAUUUCUUCAUGAGCGGUAGCUGCUCCACAGCCUGGUUUAUCGUCAUUUCCAUGUUGUCGAGUAAUGUGCUCGGUACCACCAAGAAAACGACGCUCAACUCCAUCGUCUUCCUCAUUCUCGGCGUCGCGUAUCUUGUCGGACCCCAGACAUUCCGUGAUCCGCCUUUCUACGAGCAUGCCAAGAUCAGUCUUCUCGUCCUCUGGAUCGUCAGCGUGCUCGUCUUGUGCGGCUUCUUUGUGCUCAACACUUGGGAGAACAAACGACGGCAGAGGAUGCUCGAGCGGGGCGAAAUUUCGGACGGUCAUGGCACGAAUGUCGAGUUCUUGGAUUUGACGGAUAAAGAGAACAAGCUAUUCCGUUAUGUCAUUUAA